CCCACUUCCCGCGCCACUGGCGAUUGCGUAAGCAUUUGGUAAGUCGUUGAUGAACAGUUCGGUAAACUUAGAGAAACCAUCUCAACAACAAUACACUGCUGCUGAAGUCAUCGCUCAGGCUGAGAAUGGAAAAUCGAGUUCGUUCGAUCUGUCGCUGUCGGGCUGUGGCCCUAAAGUCCACAACCAGAUAUCUAACAUGGAUAUUGCAUCCUACAGGGAAUCUUGAGGCUGGGGCCUCAUUGCCGGUCACAAUAGUGGCCGUAAGUGAUGGCCACCAGGUAUAUAAAAUGGUCUGCGAUGAGGCCCUGGCCUCAAAUAUUUCUGUAGGCCAAAGUUAUGUCUUUACGGAUUGCAGUGUUGGGAGGGAUGUUAAGGUCCUCCUCACUAAUAAGCGCACAAAGGCAUUUCGGUCCUCCGAGAUUAAACUAACACUUCUGCUUGAAAAAGAGGCGGAAGAGCUCAUCUACCCACCCGCCCAAAAAAUGAAUUUACCAGAAAUCCAUAAUUCAAACGAUCACGCCAAGCUGAUCUCUACGGAAGGCACAAUCACACAUAUUCGACCCAUUCGAAUGGUUCGGAUUAGGGGGAAACUAAUCCCAAUGGGAAUAUUUUUCCUCAGAAAGGAUGGAGCUGAGGUCAAAAUAGUAAGGUGGAGAGAGGCCAACCUCCCAGUGAUUGAAUUUGGACAGAACAUUGCCAUCAGCCACUUGAAGCUGAAAUUGAAUAUGUAUGGGAUGGAGCUCAGCACCACAGAAUCCACUCAAAUAACUGAAACCGAAGAGGUCACUGUUCGUGUUUGUUGAUAGGCUCUGGCGGGCGCUCCUGCUCCUGGAUGUCUUCCCAGUUGACCUGUUUGGGCACACCAUGUCUGGCGUACUGGUCGCCCGCCCAAUCAACCUGUUUGGUCACUCCAAGUUUGGCGCCCCGGACGCCCGACCGAUCUGUUUGGUCACUUUGCGUUUGGCCAAGAUUAUACAUUAUCUGCAGCUGAGUCGCGUGCAAAGUUUCCACUUAAUGUGGAAUUCCCACUGAGGCACUGUUUUCUUUUUUGUUCUUUGAUCUGUUUAUUUUUGCAUUGAA